CGAUCGGAUUUGAUAUCGAAAUGGGUUCGUUCGGGAUGCUUUCGAGGAGAACCUUGGGCACCGAUAUGCCCGUCAUGGCUCAGAUUCGGAGUUUAAUGGCGGAAUUGACGAACCCCCCCAUGUCUCUCGCCCAGGGAGUGGUGCAUUGGCAGCCUCCUCAAAAGGCCUUAGACAAGGUCAAGGACCUUGUUUGGGAUCCUACGGUUAGUAAUUAUGGCCCCGAUGAAGGUCUUCCCGAGUUAAGACAGGCUCUUCUCAAUAAGCUGCGUCAAGAAAACAAGCUAACCCAAUCACAAGUGAUGGUUACUGCAGGUGCCAAUCAGGCGUUUGUUAACCUUGUUAUCACAUUAUGUGAUGCUGGUGAUUCUGUUGUCAUGUUUGAGCCAUACUACUUCAAUUCCUACAUGGCCUUUCAGAUGACAGGAGUCACCAACAUAAUUGUUGGUCCUGGCCAGUCAGACACUCUCUAUCCUGACGCAGACUGGUUAGAGAGGACACUCUCUGAGUCUAAACCAACCCCAAAAGUUGUAACUGUUGUGAAUCCUGGUAACCCAAGCGGCACCUAUGUCCCUGAAUCGCUUCUUAAGAGGAUUUCACAAAUAUGCAAAGAUGCAGGGUGUUGGCUGAUUGUAGAUAACACAUACGAGUAUUUCAUGUUUGACGGUUUAAAACAUUCUUGCGUUGAGGGAGACCACAUUGUUAAUGUCUUCUCUUUCUCUAAAACCUAUGGCAUGAUGGGUUGGAGACUUGGAUAUAUAGCUUACUCAAACAGAUUAGAUGGGUUUGCAACAGAGCUUGUGAAAAUUCAAGACAACAUACCAAUCUGUGCCGCCAUAAUCUCGCAGCGACUGGGUCUAUACGCAUUAGAGGAAGGUUCUGGGUGGAUAACGGAACGGGUAAAGAGUCUAGUGAAGAACCGGGAUAUUUUGAAAGAGGCGCUUGAGCCGCUGGGGAAGGAGAACGUUAAGGGAGGAGAAGGAGCGAUUUACCUGUGGGCGAAACUACCAGAGGGACACAGAGAUGAUUUCAAGGUGGUGCGGUGGCUGGCUCACCGCCAUGGUGUGGUGGUGAUCCCGGGGUGUGCAAGUGGUGGCCACGGGUAUCUCCGGGUUUCCUUUGGAGGGUUGCAGGAGGUUGAAAUGAGAGCUGCAGCGGAGAGGCUGAGGAAAGGAUUAGAGGAGCUGCUUCACCAUGGAAUGGUGGAGUGAGAUGUUGUUAAAAGGGGCAAAAGAUGGUUUACUUUGCGUUUAUUUGAAGCCAGAAUUUGUUUAAAAAUGAAUAAAGAGUGUUUGGUUAU